AUGGCUGUGGUUUCUCUUAGGAUGCUUUCAUUUCUCUAUCUUCUUUCCAUACUUGUAUCUCAAGUCACGGCCCAGCCAGAUUUCCUGUCUCAUGAAUGUAACAAUGGAAAUGGCAACUACACUGUUAAUGGUGCCUACCAGGCCAACCUCAACACCCUUUUGUCCAAUAUUGCUUCUGACACACAGGUUGACUAUGGUUUCUACAACUUCUCUCGGGGCCAAAACUCUGACAAAGUUAAUGCAAUAGGGUUGUGUAGAGGAGAUGUUGCCCCGUAUAUUUGCCGCAGUUGCCUCAAUGAUUCUAGAAUCCGUCUCACAGAGAUGUGUCUAAAUCAGAUGGAAGCAAUUGGAUUCUAUGACAAUUGCAUGUUGCGUUAUUCAAACCGUUCAAUAUUUAACACCGACGAAACUUCACCUCACUUCUGUUUGUCAUCCACUGCUAACGCAACAGAUGUUGAUGAGUUCAAUCAGGUGUUGAGGAGUUUGCUGGAUAGUUUAACUGGUAGGGCUUCAUCGGGGAACUCUCUUCUUAAGUUUGCAACAGCAAAUGUUGCGGGCCCAGACUUUCAGACUCUAUUUGGUCUUGUCCAGUGUACACCUGAUUUAUCUCUGCAACAGUGCAGUGACUGCUUAGUUGGGCCAAUCUCAGGACUCCCAGAAUGUUCAAAUGGCAAGAUUGGUGGUAGAAUUUUAAGACCAAGCUAUAAUUUUAGAUAUGAAAACUACCGCUUAUACAACGAAACCAAUGAUUCAACACCACCAUCAGAAGGCAAGAACAACACAUCACGAACUAUAAUUGCCAUAGUUGUUCCAAUUGGUUCCGUUGUUGUCUUGCUCAUCCUUGUCUGCAUCUGUUUAAGAAUGAGGAAGCCAUGGAAAUAUAUUAAAAAAUUAUUUUCAGACGAUGGAGUUGAAGCUAUCAGUGAAAUUAGGUCAUCUGAGACAUUGCAAUUGAAGUUUGACAGUAUAAUAGCCGCCACAAAUAACUUUUCUGAGGAAAAUAAGCUUGGACAAGGUGGAUUUGGACCUGUUUACAAGGGUAAGCUUAUUGAUGGACAAGAAAUUGCUGUGAAAAGGUUGUCUAGGAAUUCUUCCCAAGGAGAUGUAGAAUUUAAGAAUGAAGUUUUGUUAGUAGCCAAGCUUCAGCAUCGAAAUUUAGUUAGACUACUUGCCUUUUGUUUGGAAAGUCAAGAAAGACUAUUAGUGUAUGAGUUUAUUCCCAAUAAAAGUCUCGAUUACUUCAUAUUUGAUCCAAUCAAGCGUGCAGAGUUAUCUUGGGAAAAGCGAUACAAAAUCAUAGGAGGCAUUGCUAGAGGACUUCUUUACCUUCACAAAGAUUCUCGCUUGCGAGUUAUUCAUCGUGAUCUUAAAGCAAGUAACAUUCUUUUAGAUAUAGAGAUGAAUGCAAAAAUAUCGGAUUUUGGCAUGGCAAGAUUAGUUGGAAGGGACCAGACUCAAGAUAAUACUAGUAGAGUUGUAGGGACAUUUGGAUAUAUGGCACCUGAAUAUGUAUUGCAUGGACAAUUCUCAGUAAAGACAGAUGUUUUUAGUUUUGGAAUACUAGUUUUAAAGAUUGUGACUGGUCGUAAAAAUAGUGAAGUUUUCCAAAGGGAGAAUGCAGAGAAUCUAGUCACCUUUGCAUGGAGAAACUGGAGGGAAGGAACAGCCACAAGUAUUAUGGACCCUGCAAUUACCGGAGGUUCGAGAGAUGAAAUAAUGAGAUGCAUCCACAUAGGGUUGCUCUGUGUUCAAGAUGAUGUAGCUGACAGACCACCCAUGACUUCAGUUGAAGUCAUGCUUAAUAGCUACUCAGCCACUUUUCCAUUGGCCUCUCAACCUGCUUCUUACAUGAAUAGUAGAAAUUUUUCUUACAGCAGAUCAGGAGAUUAUACUUCAGGGGAUACAAGCAUUAGAAAAUGACGCAUCAGUAACCGCUCAGCUAUUUCCUUGUUAGAACGAUUAUUCAAUUACUCUCUAGGUUCUAUUGCAGAGAAUAUAAAAAUGUUGCAGCUCUCAAAGAAAAUGGGAUUACGUAACUUGAUGUAUUCUUUGACAUCCUGAACACCAUGAAGAUUCAUUUUUUAUUU